AUGAGAUCCUCGCGGCUUCUCUUGACGGGGUUGCUGCCCCUUGUACACGCCGCUCUUCUCCCCCGUGCCAGCAUCGACCAUGAUAAAGUAGUCGGAUUCCCCGAGACGGUUCCCAACGGCACGACCGGGGACGUCUAUCUGGCGUACCAGCCAAUGCUGUAUGUCGUGAACGGAUGCGUUCCGUUCCCUGCGGUGGACGCCGAGGGUAACACCAAUGCGGGGUUGAACCCCAGCGGCGGCUCCAGCGCGGACUGCGACAGCAGCACUGGACAGAUAUACGUCCGCGGAGCCAGCUCGGGCGACAAAUACGCCCUGAUGUACUCGUGGUACUUUCCCAAGGACGAGCCGUCGACGGGUCUGGGCCACCGACAUGACUGGGAGGGAGUGAUUGUGUGGCUGUCCGAUGCUUCGUCCACGGCCGCAGAUAACAUCCUCGCCGUGUGUCCGUCUGCCCAUGGUGGGUGGGACUGUUCCACCGACGGAUAUACCCUCCACGGCACCCAGCCUUUGAUCAAGUACUACAGUGUGUGGCCCGUGGACCACCAGUGCGGUCUCACCUCGACCGUAGGGGGCAGUCAGCCUCUCAUUGCGUGGGAGAGUCUCCCGGAGGUUGCACGAACUGCGCUGCAGAACACGGACUUUGGUGCCGGCAAUGUGCCCUUCAAGGAUGGCAAUUUUGCGUCCAACCUGGGGGAGGCAACGUUCUGA